AUGAAAGAGUUCGGCUCAGAAGACAUAAAGUUGCUACCUGGUGGGAAGGCAUUCGUAUCGUCCGGUUUCAAGUUGUCGAACGAUGGACGAAAGAAUUCGGUUGGUGGAAUAUACUUGUUCGAUUUCAACAAACCCAGCGAGAAACCUCUGAACCUUCUGAUGGUGGAUGAACGUGGCCAGCAGUUGCCCAUCACCCCACACGGGUUGUCCUUCUGGACGGAUGCAGCUUCAGGGGUGACGUACUUAUAUGUGGUGAACCACCACAACGGCGUGGAAAGCAUUGAAAAGUUCAGGUAUCACCCAGAAGAAAAGAAGCUUGUUCGAGUUAAACAAUUCAAAGAUGAAACAUUCCAUGUGUUGAACAGCAUUCAUUUGGUUGGAGAGGAUCAGUUUUAUUUCACUAACUAUCUCUUCUUCAAUGCCUACUUCGAAUUAUUUUUCGGAUUGGAAUGGGGAAGUGUCGGUUACUUCAACGGGGAGCACGGGGAACUCGUCGUCAAAGGCUUAAACAUUCCAAACGGUGUCAUCAUGUGGAAGAACCAUCUCGUCGUUGCGCUAAGUGGAUCUGAUGAGUUGAAUGUUUACUCCGUAGCAAAAGAUCAUCAACUAAAUUUAGAACGCACAAUCCCAGUAAAGACCUCCGUGGACAACUUGAGUGUUCAUCCGGAACAUGAUGAUUUGAUACUCGGGUGUCAUCCAUCCCCAUUCAAAUUUCCCUUUCAUUCUCGUAAUCCGGAUGCAUAUUUAUCUCCGUCUCAAGUUUUACGUGUAAAUGACAAAAGUGAAGUGACAGAAAUCUACAGCAACGAUGGCAGUGAGCUAUCGGCGUCAACAGUGGCGGUCCUCUACAAGGAUGCCAUGCUCAUCGGGUCGGCAUACACCAAGCUGCUCUAUUGCCAAGACAAAACUUUACCACAGUACAACGUAACACAACUUUACACAACACAAUGUGACACAAAAUCCUACAAUACAGCAUAUCACCACACAACUUCGUCACAACAUUACACGACACUCCAUCACACUUACACGAGAUGGAACGGAAAGAGCAGCGACAUCAGAGAUCCGUGCCUCGGAAGGAAUUGCAGUUUCGGAGCGAAAUGUGUGGCCUCCCUCGACGGCAUGUCGGCCAGAUGUCAGUGUCGCGAGGUGUGUUACAACUACGGAGACAGUGAGGGGAGCACGCCGAUCUGUGGAAGCGACGGAGUCGACUACGCGAACACGUGCGAGAUGGAGAGGACCGCCUGCCGCGACAUGAAGGACGUCAAGAAGAAGUUUGACGGCAAAUGCGAUCCGUGCAGAGAAAUAAAAUGUCCAAUCAGUCAGGUCUGCAAGUUAGACAGCAAGCGGCAACCCGUAUGCAGAUGUUUCAAUCCCUGUCCCAACAACUACUCACCUGUCUGUGCAAACAACGGCAAAACUUAUGUAAACAAAUGCUUUAUGGAUCUCGAUGCCUGCAAGCUCUCCAAAAAUCUUGUUGUUAUUUCCAAAGAGAAUUGUUCCUAUGAAAACAGCCUCUGCGACAAGAAAAAGGAAUGCGACUAUUACGCCGAUUGUUACAACACUCCGAAAGGUCUGACGAAAUGCAUAUGCCCUGAAUGGUGCGACAAAAUCGUGAAGCCGGUCUGUGGUAGCGACGGCCUAACUUACGACAACAUUUGCGAGAUGAAGAGACGAUCGUGUCUCUCGAAACAUUGGAUAAGAUUAGUUGAAUAUGGAAUGUGCAGCAAAGAUUCUGAAAACAAUUACAGAGAUUUAGGUCUCUUAACGAAUUACUGCGAGCAGUUUGGUUGUCAACCAGGAGCGGAGUGCGUCGUUGGUGAAGAUGGUGUCGAGUGCUUCUGCGCCAAUUGUUCAUCUCACGUGACCGAUGAAGUGUGCGGGACAGAUGGGAGGUCGUACAGAAAUGUUUGCGAGAUGAAAAAGUACUCCUGUGUGAAUAAGAAGACUGUUCACGUUGGACAUGCGGGGCCGUGUGGUCAGAACCUGAAUUGCAAGCAGAGCAAGUUCGGAUGCUGUUCUGAUGAUGGAAGAUUUGAAUCUCAAGGUCCCAAUGAAGAAGGAUGCCCUAAUGUAAAAAUUGGAAAAUAUAAAGUCAAAUAUGAACCCAAGUGGAAUGGGCUGGCGUCCAUACAGUUAGACAUUUUCUUGUUUCAUGAGCAGUGCCAGUGCAACACGUUCGGAUCGGUUGGAGCCCAAUGUGGGGCUGCGACCCACGCGUGCUCAUGCAAGCCGGGUGUUGGUGGCAUCCGGUGUGACAGGUGCGUGCCAACCUACUGGGGGUUCUCAGGCAUUCUCGACGCCCAAGAUGGCUGCUUACGUUAA